ACAUCCUGAGUUGGCUCUGCAAAGGUCUCACUCACAUCUGGAGCCGUCCCUGCAGCAGUCUGUCUCAGGCAUCUGGAGUUACACGGGAUUUUACAAGUCUUGUGAUUUAUGGGAUAAGCUACAUAUCGAUUAUUCCAUUAUUUAUCCACAUGGAAGAUCCUGAGAGCCGUGACUUGAGUCACAAUCCAUUGUGACCUUUAAUAAAUUCUGCAACAGUGGGGUCCUUAUAUGCCCCAUGCCUUCCAUCUAUUUGUCCUCCCCCUUCUGUCUCCUCCUCUGGGGCUGCCUCUCAUCAGUCCUUGUAAUGGGGGAGAUGUCUCCUGGACUUAGUGUCAAUGGUGUCCCACCAGCAUUCUAUUCAUGGGGCCACAGUCCCCCCCUUAGGACCAAGCGCAGCUGGGUAUGGAAUCAGUUCUUUGUGAUAGAGGAGUAUGCAGGACCAGAGCCUGUUCUUAUUGGAAGGCUGCAUACGGACGCAGACCGAGGUGAGGGGAGGGCAAAGUACCUGCUGACUGGGGAAGGAGCCGGUUCGGUGUUUGUCAUUGAUGAGAAGACAGGGAACAUCCAUGUAACUAAAUCCCUUGAUCGAGAAGAAAAGGCGGAAUAUGUGCUGCUGGCACAGGCUGUUGACAAACUCACCCUUCGACCCCUUGAGCCUCCUUCACAGUUCAUCAUCAAGGUGCAAGACAUUAAUGACAACCCCCCUGUCUUCCUGCACCCACCCUACAGGGCCACUGUGCCGGAGAUGUCCAACGUAGGUACCUCUGUGAUCCAAGUAACAGCAAGCGAUGCAGAUGAUCCUACUUAUGGAAACAGUGCCCGACUGGUAUAUACUAUUCUGGAGGGGCAACCAUACUUCUCUGUUGAUCCUCAGACAGGUGUCAUACGCACAGCGAUUCCCAACAUGGACCGUGAGACUCAGAAUGAGUUUCUAGUAGUCAUCCAGGCAAAGGACAUGGGGGGCCACGUGGGAGGUCUCUCGGGCUCCACAACUGUUACUGUAACAUUAAGUGAUGUCAAUGACAAUCCCCCAAAAUUUCCUCAAAAUCUGUACCAGUUCACUGUUCUUGAGAAUAUUGCUCCCGGUUCUGUUAUUGGCCGUCUUAGAGCACAUGAUCCAGACAUUGGGGAAAAUGCAGCAAUGUCAUAUAGUAUCCUGGAUGGUGAUGCUGGGGAUACAUUCAGUGUGGUGUCAGAUUCAGCGGGACAGGAUGGCAUUUUGAGAGUCCGAAAGUCCUUGGAUUUUGAAUCCCAGCGCUCCUUUACCUUCCGUGUUGAAGUAAUGAACACUGUGAUUGACCCUCAGUAUAUCCGCCGUGGGCCAUUUAAAGAUGUAACCACUGUGAGAGUGACGGUUGUGGAUGUGAAUGAGCCUCCCCUAUUCUCACAGGAACUUUACACUAUGAGUGUGUUGGAGAACCUUCCCCCAGGAGCCAUUGUGGGGGUGGUCCAAGCGCAAGACCCUGACCUACACAGCAGCUCCAUCAGUUAUUCCAUUGAUCCCCUUUCGGACCCAGAAGUGCUUUUUUCUAUUCACCCUGAGGAUGGGACCAUACUGACAAGUGUUUCAUUAGACCGGGAGGUGAGGGGAGAGCAUAGUAUCACUGUGAGGGCGAGUGAGUCCGACAGCUCUUCCCAUGUGUCACAAGCUGGAGUUUUGAUUAAGGUGUUAGAUGUGAAUGAUAAUCCCCCAAGGCUGGCAGAGGUGUACAAACCGCACGUGUGUGACCAUGCACAGCCCGGACAGGUUAUUCAGACAGUUAGAGUGAGAGAUGCAGACAGCGAGAAUGGUAUUUUCUCUUUUCAAAGUCCUGCAGCUAUUUCAGAUGGAAACUUCACACUUAGAGAUAACAAAGAUGGAAGUGCAUCUCUUCUAGUGAGACACAGCAGCUUCUGGAGGUCUCAAAAAGACAUAUUUUUGGUGCCAAUUGAGAUUAUGGACAAUGGGGACCCACCACUGACCAGUACAGAUACUCUGACGGUAUCUCUCUGUCACUGUGAAACAGGCGGGGCCGUCCUGACCUGUCACCUUACCACUGGGUCUGCGGCUGGACUCAGCACCCCCGCUCUUCUGGCCAUUCUAGCCUGUGCUCUGAGCCUUCUCGCCCUUGUGUCCCUUUUCUCUUUACAGCGCAGACAUAAGCCUUCACCUUUGUCUCUUUGUGAGGAUGAGGAUGUCAGAGAAAAUAUCAUAACAUAUGAUGAUGAAGGUGGCGGAGAGCAGGACACCCAGGCUUUUGACAUGUCUGCAUUGCAACCCCCUCAGACUGGCCUAACUGGAGGAUUCUUUCACCCUCCCCGAAUGGAUGUUCUCCCUAGAGUUCCACCGCGGCCAACCACACAUUCCCCCCAACCUGCCUCAGUUGACGUUCAUCGAUUCUUAGCCCAUCGCCUUAGAGAGGCAGAAAGAGACCCGACUGCUCCACCUUAUGAUUCUAUUCAGGUGUAUGGAUUUGAGGGAGGCGACUCCUCAGCAGGAUCCCUCAGCUCAUUAACAAGUAGUUCUGGUGGGGCAGGGGAGGAAGAUACAGGGGUAGAAGAUAUUUGGGAAUGGGGCCCUCAUUUCAGGACACUGGCAGAGAUCUAUGGAUCAAAAGGGAAAAGCCCCAUAGGGGAGGAUUAAAUCCUUUAACAAGCAGUGACUAACCCAGACAUUUUCAGUGCUGUGAUUAUCCAUUUUCCUGCCUGACAGAAAUACCAGGCAGCGAUUAACCCUUUUACCACUGCCAAAGGUACAUGCAGAACAUGAUAACAUCUACAUACCAUAGGGAAAUAAGGAAUAGUGAUUAACCUCUCCCCUGCCACACAGAAUUGCAGAGGAAAGAUUAACCAUCAUGAUGAAAAGCUUGCAGAGCCGUACAUUAGCACUUCCUGCCAGAACAACCUUCACAGCAUCAAUUAAGCCAGUCAUUUCUAAAAGGAAAUAUGAAGAUGAAUGAAUAAUCCCUUUCCAACCAGAAAAAUAGACCUGCAGUGUUUCUGCAUGAAGACCCUUGGGGGCUCUUGAAAUGUUUAUAGGAUUUUGUGCUUUUACUGAUUCAUAUUCUUCCAAUUUUCCCACCCCUGUGUUUUGCUGCAAGUCUCUCAGACAUUGUCUGAUAUUUGUCAUUUGUGGAAAGCAAACAUUUUAUUUUCUAAAUAAAAAUAUCCAAAAGAA